AACCCAGUUCCGCUGUUAACCCGGGCUUUCUUUUGCCCGAGGGCGGAGAUCUUAGGUCCCAUUGUCGCCCACAGUUCUGGGCGGCCCCUUGCUAGGCGCGUUUUCUUACCCCUUUCUCUAACGGCGGUGUCGGUCGGCCGACGAUCCAGCAGCCAUGCCGAAAAAGGCGAAAAAGGUCCUCACCGAGGAAGAGCAGCUGCUUCUGUUUCAGCAGAAGUUGUUGGCGGAUGAAGAGAUGGCCAAGAAGAAGGAGAGGCUCCUGAACCAGUUCUUGAAGGACAAGCUGGCCAAGGAGGAGCGCAACAGUGUUCUGAACCUGAAUAAGAUCAACACCCAGUGGAGGACCAUCCUCCGGGAAGUCAAAACCAAAGAGCUUCAUAAAGACAUCGAGAUCCUCAGCCAGACGUUUGAACGCGUGGUGGACUGCAAAGACAGCGUCAUCAAGUCUUUAGCUAAGGACCUGGCAGAAGCUGAGGAGCAGUACUCCCAUGCCCUGCGCAGCCACCUGCACAACGUCGAUCAGCUCUUGGCCCUGCAGAGGCGCCGGCUCAGCCUCCUGGAGGAAAGCUACAACAUGGAGCUGGAGGCUCUAACCAAGGAGUUUGAGACAGAAAGGAAGAUGAUCAUUGACCAGCACGAGAAAGAGAUGCACUAUCUACAAGACGUCUUCAUGGCCGUGGAGCAGAACUACAUCGACACUGAGUACGAGAGCAAGCUGGAGUUCCAGAGCCUGUGGGAUGAUCUCAAAAACAAGAAUUUAGAAGAGAAGCACUUUCUACGACUGCAACUGGAGAACAUCGUGGAAGACCUGUGGAGAAGGUUCCAGGAAGCACUCAAGAAUUACACGGAUGCCACAGAGGACAGAAAGAUUGCCUUUGAGGCCCUGAAGGUGAAGGGUGAAAAGAGUUCCAAAGAGAUUGAAGCCCAGAUGAAAAAAAUACAGAAACUACAGGAUGCCAUCGGUGUCUUAAGAGGCAAAAUCGUGGUGCACAACCGUGAGAGUGAAGAGCAGAACCAGUACAUUCGUAACGACAAGGAGCUGAUCCUUAUACAACUACGGAAACUGAAGGCUCAAAGGACUCAGGCCCGGGGAGUCUCAAAGGAGAAUCUGGUCAAGCUCACGCUGGAGAGUAAUGACACCCUCAAGACCCUGAGGAGGAUUGUGGACAAGGGUGAAAAGAUUCUCAAGCUUGCAGAGAUAUGUAGGAAAUACGAAACAGAAGAAGAAAAAGUGCUGCCUUUUUAUUCGUCAGCGUUGAGUCCCGAGGAGAAGGUGGAGAUGGUGGAACAGAAACCGGAAGAGCUGAGUGAGGAGUUUGCAAAGAUGGUGAUGGACUACACAGGGAUGGAGAACUUCUGGAAAAGGUACAACAAAGUGAAACUGGAGCAGCUGAGCCUGAAGCGCAGGCGGGUCCAGCUGCUAGACAUCAACGGGAAGCUGCGGGAGAUGCUCAAGCAGUACCUGGACGGCAUCUCAGUGAGUGACGAAGUGCUGAGCCAGCUCAACCCACUCUUCAUCGUCAACCACCGGAGCAACUUACCCUCCGCCUUGUCCCCGCCCGCAGCCCCGCCAGGGGCCAAGCCGCCUCGCCGUCACUUACAACAUCACUGAAGCAGCCCGCGUGAUCUCUCAUACCCUGUGACCCAAGGGGACACUGUCUUUCCCACUUGAGAUUUUUUUUUGAGGCCCCAAGAACUUUGUUCUAUUAAAAGUGUCUGAGCUCCUAA